AUGUAUCACGAGUACAAGAAGCCGGCGUCAUUCUUUAAGGAGAUUCGGGGACUCCCGGUGAUGCAAGCGGCCGGGGAGCUGUACACCAGCAGCAAGAAUAGCUCCCGGAUACUGAGUACCGGCCUAGCCAUCGUCGAGUACGGCAUCUCUAGCGUGGCCGGCAAAUUCGAUACGGACUCUGUCAUUGCACAUCGCGUGGAUGAGUUAGCCGGAGAGAGCGUAUGUAGGCUGAAGGAAAAAUACCCCGCACUGCAAGAGCCACCAGAGGAGCUAAAGAGCCAGGCGCAGCUGACCGCGCGAACGGCGGUACGGUGGGUGAUGAAGACGGUGCCCGGGCGCCUCCUCAUGGGCGGCCUUGAUUUAGCCAUAGACGCCGGGGAGGGCGUGAUGCGGCAGCUCCUUCCCAGGGACAAGAGCCCCCGGAAAUUACCCGGAACCAGGGCGGCCGUCAAAAGGCAGCCUUUGAAGUCUGAGCCCAAGUAUGCAUCCGAGGACAGUGGCGCGUGCGAGGGUGACGGCAGCGCCCGAACGUCAGAUAAAGCAUUACAGACACGGGUUGUCCGAAGACCGCAGCCACGCGGACUCCGCGGAAAGGCCUUGGAAGUUAUUGAAUUUUUGGUGAGCCGCCUGAAAUACGUGCGGCGGUACGUCGGUGGCAAGCGGAGGCGGCCAGCCAGGGUUGGCAUGUCCCCGGAGAAGGAGCGGGAAAUAAGAAACAGACGCAGGAUAUCUCCUCGGAAGAAGACACCGACAUCCCUGAUAGGACGCCUGACCAGCAAGCUCCUCGGAUACAAGGCGAGCAGAUUCGUCGACCUGGGAAAAGGUACUGGCGGGUUAGGCGAGGCUGAGAGGAAACGGAAGCACGACGACAUUGUGUCGGACCCGGGCUCGGCCAGCGAGGAGGACCUGCAUAACUUCGACUUCAACAACUACAACUCUGACGAUGACCCGGACUAUCAGCCAUCUGCGACUGGGGAAAGCGACACGUCAGUGAGUCAGGACUUGUCGGAGAGUGACAUAGAGGCGGAAGUGGUUGAGCAUGGGCCGGGUCUCCUGCAGCUUAAGGAUAAGCAGCCCGGCAUCCUCCUUGCGUCCCAGCCGAGUAAAGCCCAACCCGAGGAUGAUAUCUGCCUGAAACCCCAGUGGCAGAAACAGUGACACUUGUGGCAGAUAUCCGGACACUCGCGAAUGAUACACGAACCUACAGUGUUAGAGAGUGUACUUAUCAUGUGCUAAAUAAUGUAUAACGAUAUUUAAUUUCCAUAUUUAUUUCCUUAUACAACAUUUCUGAUAUGACUAUUACA